UACAAUUAUGGUUGCUUAUCCAUGCCAUACAAAUGCACAACAAUGGCCUUUAAAAUAAACAGAGUACACAGUUUUCUACAUUUUAGAUCUGAUUAAUGAGUUGAUUACAAAAAUGUGUCAGCGGUGAUCAAUAUUUCCUGGUCUAGUGAUCUGUUACUUAUUAGUAAUAGGGCAAGAUGGAUGUGGUGGCCAUUUUAAUGUCCUCAGGCAAGAUUAUGUCAACACCAGACCAUAAUUUUUGCCGAACAUAUUAAGGAAAGCAAUCCUGUGCUAUUCUGGCUAUGGCAUAUUGACAAGUUAAAACUUGAUAAUCAAGUUUCAGAACCAUUCUGUCUAGAUUUGCAUUAAAAUCCAAGAAUAUGGUCCAAAAUAUGAUGGAAUGCUUUUGGUAAAACUGGUUAAAGUCAGUUAUGUUAAAUUUGCAUAUCAACUUGAACAUGGAGAACGACUGAGAUAUUAAAGAGAUCUUAUUAUCAAAUGUGUCCUUCCUAUAUGAGGCAACAGUAGUACUUCAUAAGAAGAGCAUUGAUUUAACGUUGCAGAAAUGCUCAUAGACGUUAUUAACAGAUCCAUCUUCACUGCUUGUCAGGAUCUUAACGCUCAGUUGAGAGUGCAGAUGGAGAGCUAGAUCAAAGGUCAUCACUAUGACCUUGCAGCAAGGCUUUUUCCAUCAGAACAAUAGUGGUAAAAGUACAAUUAGCUGUUUGUUGAGUGUUGGAGGUGUGACACCGAAGCAUUGAUCAAUUGCUGCCACGACCAAUGGAUCCUUCUGUUCACAGUCAAUAACGUCAAGUGAUGUAUAUGUAAUUGACAAAUACCUGAGUGUGAUACAGAGUAAGUUUGUGGGCACCGUGGGUCACGGGUUGUGAGAGAGUGAUAUGGAUGAGGUGCUGAAAUACUGCAUAUUAGAUCUCUCAGAAUAUAUAAAGCCACCGUCAUGGAAUCAGACACAUUCACACCUCGAUUGUGUUUGCGAUUGGAUGUUGGACCAGGUUUCCUGAGUACAGCACUAAUGAUGAACGUCUCGGAGUUGUCGCAGGCUGGUUCUCUGGUCCUGCCGUGUUCUCCAGAUGAGGGGCGGACGUGCAGCAAAGCUCCUGAAGUUGCCAGUGUCAGAGUUCAGCUGGAAAUGCAAAGCCUGUGGCGGCAGUUUGACCAGCUGGGCACCGAAAUGAUUGUAACAAAAGCUGGAAGAAGGAUGUUUCCUACAUUUCAAGUACACAUUUCAGGCAUGGACCCAGCAGCAGAAUAUGUUCUUCUAAUGGACUUUAUUCCUGUUGAUGACAAACGAUACAGGUAUGCUUUCCACAGCUCUUCCUGGUUGGUAGCGGGACGUGGAGAUAUAGCUGCCCCAGGACGAGUGCACUUCCAUCCAGACUCACCCGCACGGGGAGCCCAGUGGAUCAAACAGACGGUCUCAUUUGACCGCCUCAAACUCACCAACAACCUGCUGGACGAUAAUGGCCAUAUGAUCCUGAACUCCAUGCACCGCUACCAGCCGCGGCUGCACGUGGUGCUGGUCGACAGGAGCAGAAACAGCCAGCGCUUCGCUCACCGCAACUUCUGCACUUUCAGCUUCCCAGAAACCCGCUUCAUCGCAGUCACCGCCUACCAGAACCACAGGAUUACCCAGCUGAAGAUCGCUUGCAACCCCUUUGCGAAAGGCUUUCGUACAGCAGAUUCUGAAAACAGACAUUCAGCUCAAUGCCAAACUGAAUCUCCUCAACUAUCUUUGCCCUGGAACCUGUUUGAGGGAACAUCUGUGACCAGCGCCGUACGUGAAGACCAGAGGCCACGACACCAACCACAGGCACAACGCCAUUCAAAUCCCCAUGAUCCAACCCUACAGACAGCGAUGGAUGAAGCAGCGCUGUCAUAUAGUGAAGGGAUGGAGUGCAGCACAGACAGGAGGGAUGGAGGUUCCCAUGCUCAUUUCUACAGCACUCCUGUGUUCUUCACACUGCCCUGCCAGUGGGACGGCCUGGCCAGAGCAGACAGAGGUCUGAUUGGCUAACAAGAUUCAUUUAAACAGUCCUUAUUAUGCUCUAAAAGU